AUGACUAUGAAUAGAGAUACCAACUACAUGAAAACAAUUUUGAUGAUCAAUCUAUUAGUUUUUUCAACAGUGGAAGGCAAAACAGUUACCCAAACUGUGUCAGAAUUUUCCUGUCCAACCAAUUGUCGCUGUCACAAGAGGCAAAUUUUCUGCAAAACCAUUGCAGAUGUUUCUCUUAAAUCAAUUGGAAACGAUGUUCAAACACUUGCUAUCCGACAAGAAAUUUUAUGCACCAACGAAAAAGUGAUAGCAUUGCUAAAGCAGGCUGCAAAGGUUUCCACUAAAUUAGCUAUCGAAUGCCGUGAUUCCAAAACUUCAGUUGGUAAAAUGUUGAUACUACAUGUCAAUAAAUAUGAACACCGCAACAUGAAUAGUCAAGACUUUGCCCAGAUAAAUUCAAGGAUUAAAAGAUCGCUUCAUGAUAAGUCAGAUUCGCGUCCGAAUGCAAAGCCAUUGCCCAAAGCUGAUCGAAAUUAUAGCUCAAAUAAAGCUCAACAUUCAAGUCCUAAGACAUUGGGAGAUAAUAGUAAUAGUAGCUAUUCUUCCAAUAUUCUAUUUAUCAUCAUUUUCUCAAUAUUCUCUGUCCUCUUAAUUGGUAUAUUGACUUACUGUCGUUGGAAGAUAAAAAGAGAUUGUGUGGAUAGUGGCCAAGAGGCUAAUCCUUCAUUGACAAGAUCGAAUGUAAAUACCAGCACUUUCAGGCGUCAAGAUCAUGUUCCACCUCCCAGUUAUGAAGCUACUAGAAAUUUAUCUACUGGAGCUGCCGUAGAUUGUGAACAAAUUGACGCUUCUGUUACUGGACGUGCUAACUCACCGUUGGGCGGAAUAGAGUCCCAACAGCAAUCGAUUGAUCAGGCUUGUAUGAUAAGAGAAAACUCAGCUCAUCAUAUUAUAGUAAAUAGAGUGCAGGAUGAGCUGUAUAAAUUUCUAAGAUUUCAUUGGAAAUGGAAUAAAAUAUACGGUGUAAUACCGAUAUACUAUUCGAAUAGUGAACGUCAUUUACCUAUGCUGUUGCCUAAUACGACUUUUACUGAUCCGUAG